UAAGAUAGUUAAAUGCGAACAAAAUUUUUUUUAAAAAAGAUAACUUUUGGUGAGGGAUUGCCGUUGACUCUAUUCAUUCAAUUCAACUUUUGUUAGUCACAUUUUCUACGGUGCUUCUGCCCUUCCAACGCAACCUCCACUUCCCUUCUAGAGAUCGGAUAAUUUUCAGUUCCCAAAUUCUGUAUUUCCCCUUCGUAUGGUAGCCAAAUUGUUCAAGACUAAUGUCUUAGUUACUUAUUCAAGGGUUCUGUCUCAUCAAGUUUUCUAGGGCCAUUUACGCAUUAUAUUGUUCAGUGUUUUGGAGCUUUGCAUCAGGCUUUGCCUUGUGAUUUUAUUUGUAAAAGUUAACAAGGAUUCUAUAGUUUUCAGUUGGUAACACAAAGAGACACAGAAGGCUGCAAUAGGAAAUAUAUUUAAAGUUCAGCCUCCUGCAAGGUUUCCUUUGUUACUACGCUAACUAGUUUUUGUGAAGAUGUAGAAAACAUUUUGGCUGAUUGUUUUCUCAUCAUCUGUAUCUAGAUGGAUUGUAGCAUGUGCAAGAUGGCUGGUGUUAAACGAAGAAUAAUUACUGAUUCAGAUGUCAGUGCUCUCCAUAAGGAACUGGAUGAAGUCUCAUGUCCAAUCUGCAUGGACCAUCCACAUAAUGCUGUUCUCCUCCUGUGCAGCUCACACGAGAAGGGUUGCAGAUCAUUCAUUUGUGAUACAAGUUACAGGCAUUCAAAUUGCCUAGACCAAUUUAAAAAAUUAAUGGCUAAUUCUAGUAAGAGUCUAAUAUUACCUCAUCCCAUACCCAUAAACCCUCAGAAUUCUAGUACUUCUGGUAUGAACUUGGCCUUAAGAACUGAUUUUAUUGAAGGUAAUGGAAGUUCAAAUCUGAAUGAAAUCAAUAGCAUGGCAGGAGGAUCAGAAGUCAAUACCCAAGAGGCAAUUAGGCAUCUUGACUUACAAGGAGAAGGUAUUAUAGAAAUAGGGGACUUUGAAUCGUUUCAUGGAAGAGCUGAAUCUGAAGAAGUAGAUGCAGAGAAUACAUCAGAGUCUAUAUCUAGUUUGAAAUGCCCUCUCUGUCGUGGGAACAUACUUGGCUGGGAGGUUGUGGAAGAGGCCAGAAAGUAUCUAAAUUUGAAGAAGAGAACUUGUUCUAGGGAAUCUUGCUCCUACUUUGGCAAUUACCAGGAAUUGCGUCAGCAUGCCAGGAGAGUUCACCCAACAACGCAACCUUCAGAUAUUGAUCCGUCUAGAGAACAAGCCUGGCACCGCCUUGAGCAUGAAAGAGAAUAUGAUGACACUGUAAGUGCUAUUCGAUCUGCCAUGCCAGGUGCUCUUGUGGUUGGAGACUAUGUUAUUGAGAAUGGAGAUAGGUUGGCCCCUGAAGGGGAGAGUGGCACUGAUGAAAUGAGUGCAUCAUGGUGGACUACUUUCUUUUUGUUUCAGAUGAGUGGUUCGGUUGACAGUGUUGGAGAACCUAGAGCAAGGUCCAGGGUUUGGUCAAGGCAUCGGCGCCCUGCAGGAGCUUUAUCUGAGCGUAGGUUCCUGUGGGGUGAGAAUCUUUUGGGUUUGCAAGAUGAUGAUGAUGAAAAUGGCCUGCGCAUAUUAAGCGAUGUUGGUGAAGAUGCAUCUCCAAACCCAAGAAGACGUAGACGUCUGAUGCGAUCAAGGUCAGAUGAAGAUCAGUCAUGAAAGGAAUCAGAUACUUGUCCUGUAAUGUGCAUAGCUGUCCAAUUUUUUGGACGAUAAUAUAAGUUUGCUGGUUUCAGAAGCCAUCAGCUUGUGGGUUUUCAGGAUGUUUCAAGUUAAGUAGAAUUUUAUAUUAAACUUUUAUGUGUUCUUCUGGUUUUAGGCGAUUAUGCCUAUAGUGUACUGAAACUCAAAUCAGUUUUACUCUUCAAUGUUUAUGCAUUACAAAAUAUUUUACUGGCAAUUGUCCAUUCAUUUAAUUUUUUUCUUUUUUCAUUUGUCCUCUCUAUCUGCUCUCAAUCCCAACUUACACACUCGACUUUUAGAUAGUUGCGUUCUGUGGGUUGAACUAACAUUUGCUGCUAACAUUCUUUUUUUUCUUUUUUGCUCCCAAGCUGUUGGAUAUAAGAUGUAUUUUUGUUCCGAAUCUGUUGGAUGUAAAAAAUGCAUGGAUAGGAGUUGAUUGCUGCAGCCAUUCGUAUUCUUUGUAGACAUUGCUCCACAAAGCUAACCUACAUCAUUUUGAUCUUUUCGAAAGCAUUUGAAUGGAAAUAAAGCGAGUUUCAAGUCCAAACGUCAUAAAUGUUGUGUUGGAUUUAUAUACUCAUAAUAAAAAAUGGAUGUGAAUUUAGUGGGUAUCGAUUUUGUUACAAAGUUCUAUGAUCACUUAAAAAUCUAGUAUUCUAUUAACAGGUUUUUUCGCCUUUUAAUGUCCAGAGUUCAAGGCAACGGGUUUUUUUUCUUUUUUC